CCUUCCUCUCCCUCCCCAGGCGGUUUUGAGAGGUUUUUCCCAACUUUCCAGAAGUUUCUCGCCUGCCCCUUAUAUACCCCCUCCACGGGACCGGGAGGUGCACAGGGGAGCCCAGCAGAGCAGCGCCCCGGCUCGCAGCGCCGCAGCAGGUCCUCAGAGGCGUCCGGUGCUGCCAAAGCCAUGUGGAUUAUUCUGGUGUUUGCUCUCUGCGGCCUCGCUGCAGCCGUGCCCUCGGAGGACAGGAAGCUGAGUGACAAGGCAACAACGCUGGCUGACCGAAGCACAACACUGGCCUUCAACCUCUACCAUGCCAUGGCAAAAGACAAGAAUAUGGAGAACAUCCUGCUGUCCCCUGUGGUCGUGGCCUCUUCUCUUGGCCUCGUGUCCCUUGGGGGCAAGGCCACAACUGCCUCCCAAGCCAAGGCAGUGCUCAGCGCAGACAAGUUGAAUGAUGACUACGUGCACAGCGGGUUGUCUGAGCUCCUUAACGAGGUCAGCAACAGCACAGCCCGCAAUGUCACCUGGAAGAUUGGCAACCGCUUGUACGGCCCCGCCUCCAUCAACUUUGCUGAUGACUUUGUGAAGAACAGCAAGAAACACUACAACUACGAGCAUUCCAAGAUCAACUUUCGAGACAAGAGGAGCGCCCUGAAAUCCAUUAACGAGUGGGCAGCACAGACCACAGAUGGGAAACUCCCAGAGGUCACAAAAGAUGUUGAGAAAACUGAUGGAGCUCUCAUUGUCAAUGCCAUGUUCUUCAAGCCUCACUGGGAUGAGAAGUUCCAUCAUAAGAUGGUGGACAACCGUGGCUUCAUGGUGACCCGUUCCUACACUGUGGGAGUCCCCAUGAUGCAUCGCACCGGUCUCUACAAUUACUAUGAUGAUGAGACAGAGAAGCUCCAGGUGGUAGAGAUGCCACUUGCUCACAAGCUCUCCAGCAUGAUUUUUAUCAUGCCAAACCAUGUGGAGCCUCUGGAGCGGGUUGAGAAACUGCUGACCAGGGAGCAGCUGAAGGCCUGGGCUGGCAAGAUGAAGAAGAGAUCAGUGGCCAUCUCACUGCCUAAAGUCAUCCUGGAAGUCAGCCAUGACCUUCAGAAACACUUGGCUGAUCUGGGCCUGACAGAAGCCAUUGACAAAACCAAGGCUGACUUGUCAAAAAUCUCUGGCAAGAAAGACCUUUACCUAUCCAAUGUCUUCCACGCUGCUGCUCUUGAAUGGGACACUGAAGGAAACCCCUAUGAUGCCGACAUCUAUGGCCGAGAGGAGAUGAGGAACCCCAAGCUCUUCUAUGCUGACCACCCCUUCAUCUUCAUGAUCAAGGACAGUAAAACCAACUCAAUUCUCUUCAUUGGCAGGCUCGUGAGGCCCAAAGGAGACAAGAUGCGUGAUGAGUUGUAGUUAGGUUGUUAGGGUGGUGGGUUUUUUUCCCAGAGCUUUGGUUUGUGUGUUUUUAGCGGGGGAUUUCAAAAAAGGGGAAACACUAUUUUGUAUCCUUCUCGAACUAUGGGUGCUAUUCAGACCAGGGUGCAUUGUGAUGAGAAACCAGCAUACACUUUACCUCACCCCAAAAUACUUAUUGCACAAACCCACCUCCAGAGAGGAUCAGUGGAGCCUGGCACAAGAGGGUCACCAGGAGGGGAAGGCAACGGGCAUGCACUGUCUGAGCUGCUGGCAUACUCGGCCAAGACGUUCAGGCUAACGCCUAGCUCCUCCCUGCACUCGAGUUUAGCCUCCUGUAAGCGUCUCGCUGCUACCAUCAGCCCUGCAAAGGCACAGGCUCUCCACCCUUCCAUCUCAAAUGCUUCUGCACAUUUAGCUCUGCCACUUAAUUUUCUCCCCCUUUGAUGCUACACAGCACCACACCAGAGCUGCUCUGGUCGCUUUGCAGUGUUCCUUGCUUCUCUCUUGUCUUCAGUGGUGUGUAACAGCUGUGCACCACCCCUCUGGGGGCAACAUCUGGAAUUAAACAUCCUGUAGCAGGCACAGAGGAACUCUCUUGGUGCUUCUGCAUCAGCACACAGGGCUGGGAAAGAGACAGUGCUGUGAAGGUUCUCCCAGUUACAACCAGGGCUGUGACCUGUUGUAGCAGGCUAAGGGACUGCUGCUGGCUUCUCACAGGGAGGUGGAUCAUGUUCAUUUCCUCUUUUUUGUUUAAAUACAAAGCUUUAGAGCUGCCCUUACCUGACUUCCUAAUGACCCUUUUCUGAAGAUCCUCUCCACCAUGAUACUUUAACUCCCUGUUGGCUGACCUGGACAAGGGCAUGCUGAAAAACAAAUGUAUUUAUAGUUAUACUCUUAUUUAUGUCUGAUGAUGAGCAAGUUUCACAGCCUGAUCCAGCCUAGACUUGGAGGCUACUCCUAUCUUCCUCCUUCUUUCAAAGAUACCAUUGGGUUAACACCAUUUAAAGAAGUAAUAUGAUCCUGUGAACACUGAAGCACAUCAGGUAAGCCUUGCUAUGCACUGCAAGACAUCGCAAAGCAAGUAAUGACAAAACUAUUGAAAUGAGAGAGAUCUGUGUGUCACAAUGUAAGUGCCAGUUAUUUAAAAACCAGCAAGGAGAGUGACUGCAUUGCUUUGCUUUGUUUUAUUUCCCUGCCAAUGUGCUUACUGUCAGGUUGCUACACAGAAGCCCAAUACUGCAUUUUCUCAGACAACACACAGGACUAUGUCCACUUACCAAGUUAGAACUCCAAAGUUUAUUAGGCUUUCCUACAGGCAAAAAUACAGCAGCUUGCACUCCCAAGUUUGACCCAACCAUGCCUUCUCCAGGUUUGUAAGGUUACACAAUUGCAGACGAGCUCAUCCGCCCCAAUUCCUAUCCAAGCCAGCUGGAAUGGGAGAUUAUUCUCCUUAAGCCUCUUCCCAGAUCAUAUUCCCAGGUGCUUUCCCUGCUGUCUUGGGAAGCAGGUGGCAAUCCACAAGGAUGUACCCAAAUGCACAGGAAGCCUAAAGCCCAGUGUGUAUGCUAGACACUACCCAGUGAAUGGGUGCACUGAAACUCGCACAGGCUAGCACGUUAACGGAGGAUGGGGGUGGGUAAAGGGGGUGGGCAAAGCAAGAACACACUGUGUGAUAUUGUGAAUAAUUUGCAUCAUAUGGAUGCAGGUGUCUGAUGGCUUUUAUUACCUGUUCUUGUACCACACAAUGACAGUUGUAUAAUUUUGCAAUAAAACUUUUUCAAUGAA